AUGUCUGCUCCAAGUGUUUGGUUGAUCACCGGUGCCUCUCGUGGUUUAGGGUCCGAGAUUGCCAAGGCGGCUUUAAAAGCUGGACAUGUUGUUGUUGCAGGCCGUCGUGGAUCCAAGUCAACCUCACAAACUACUGAACUCGAAAGUUUGGGAGCCAAAUGGAUCAACUUGGAUAUGAAGGCUGGCGACAUAGAAACAAUCAUCGGUACAGUUGAAAAAGAUUAUGGCCACAUCGAUGUUCUCGUUAACAAUGCCGGAUACGGUGUUGGAGGAACUGCCGAGGAUCUUAGAAUUAGCAUUCAAACGAUUCGAGAUGUUAUGGAAGUGAAUGUGAUGGGCCCUAUUCGAGCCUGCCGUGCCGUUAUACCGGCCAUGCGCCAGCAGGGCGGCGGCACCAUCGUCAACAUCAGCAGCGUGAGCGGUAUUUUAAGCUUUCCUGGAGUCAGCGCCUAUUCAUGUACCAAGCACGCCCUCGAAGGGUUCACUGAGAGUCUCUCCAAAGAAAUUGAGCCCUUCAAGAUCAGAACAAUUCUCGUCGAGCCUGGCUCGAUGCCGACUGGUUUUCUUGAUACCACUCUUUCCGCGGUGACCGUGCCUCGAAGCGAACCCUACCGCGGUACCAUUGCUGAUGUAGUUUUGUCAGCUGCGGCGGGCGGUGAGCUGGUCAAGGCUCAUGGAGGCAGCCCCGUGCUUGCGGCGGCUCGGAUCGUCGAGGCUGUUGAUCGGACUGGGGUUUUUGCUGACCGAGACAUCGGUUUGAGACUCCCACUUGGAAAGGAAACCCAAGAAAUCAUCGAUUGGGGAAAAGAUUUGGCCAAGCGCGCAGAGGAGCUCCAGGACAUUGCUGUGAGCAUCGCAGUUUAA